UAGAAUUAAUUGAUUAAACCAAUUACUUAAUUUGUGUCCAGAAACAACAAUGCCUAUCAAUUAAUACCAACCAGACACUAAUCCUUCUAAAUUAAAUGUCGAAUUCUUUUCACUAGUCUUAUUCAUAUCUCUCCUUAAGCUACACCAAAGCCUUUAUAGGACGCAAAAUGCCGACAAAAUGGAAGGCCAAAAUGGUAGAAAUAUUUCUUUUCCUAUUCUAUUACACCGCUGUAAUAUUCGGCGUCUGUGCAUUUACGUAUCGAAAGCGGUCAAUACAGGAGAAUAAGCAACGUUUAUUCAACAAAAUAUCCAACGAUAGUACUCGUACUUUUACGGCAGUUGAGCAAAAAUGGCUUACUUGGUGCUGUGCCAUUUUACGCAUAACAUCAGCAGUUGGUAGUUUUUAUGGCGGAAUUGUGAUGUGGGCCACGACCGAUCCAUUUUACAACGCCAUCAUGUUAUUGGAGUCUGGCAUCACAGCUACGGGAUCCAUAGCUCUGGGCAUUGAAAUGCCGUUUUCGAGUGCACGCUUUGUUAAUAUAGCGAAUUAUUGUAUGCGCUUAUUUCAGCGAACGCGCCAGCUGUUGCCACAUAAAAGUAUAAUGGGUCAACAACAGUUCCUAUUCCUUUUGAUCCUUACAAUUUUUCUAUGCAAUGAUUUAUCUGGCUUAUCUGUGCUACUCGAAUAUAGCGAUUGGCGGGAAUGUGCUUUGGCAUUUGCAAAAUUGUAUAUGUUAACGGGACUGAUGCUUAGCUUGUACAUAGGCAGUAUCGGAUAUAUGAGCAUUGGCGCGCUAUAUACAUUCAUGAACAGUUAUAUGCGCGAAGAAUUUCAGCCAAGAGCGAGACGUUUGGACUGUGCUUUGAAGCGAAAUUAUAAUUACCGCACGUGUCGUUAUAUGCGAAAACUCAACCGCAUGACUGGAGAGCUAAACGUGUGUUUAACCCUUUACAAUGAUAUCUAUCGUGCUGCUAAAAUGUUUCAUUCCGACUUUCGCCUAAAUAUAUUAUUUUCACUUACAACGGCCUUCGUGUUCAUUGUUAUAAUAAUCUACAAUGUACUAUACAGAUAUAUAAUAGAGCACGAGUUCGAGUGGGGUGCGGUAAUCUUUUGCACGCAGAUUUUUCUCAUGGUGCUGAUAGUAAUCUUAUCAGCAUAUUCAGCAGUACAGGGCAAUAUUUCAGCAAGCAAAUUGAGUUUGGACAGUUUGUAUAUGGGCGGAAAUAUGGAAUGGAAUCAAAGUGUGGAAAUGUUCAUCAGUCGUUCGAAUUUAUACGAAUUUAAGCCCAAUAUGUUUGGGCUAUUCGAUAUAUCCACCGACAUUUUACUUAUGUUCAUUUCUGGCUCAAUAACAUAUCUAACCUACAUCAUGCAAAACACAAUCAAAUUAAAUCAACAGUAAAUUCUAGCGCGAAAAAUCAGCAAAACGAUCGUACUUACCUACAUAAGUAUGUAUGUUGUAUGUUGUAUAAACAUAGCCAUUUAUAAUGCAGGUUGCGGUUGCAUGCAAUAUAAAAUUAAAUAAAAAAGGGUCCACGACAUACAGGAAUAUAGCUAAAAAGAGGCAGCCGCACACAUGUCCACUACUCGUAAUAUCGAUGUGAUUUCAACCCUAUUGUCGAGCGGCAUUAUCAACUGACUAUGUGGUAAGUUGGCAAGGUGGUCAACUACAUACAUACAUACUUACAAUUGGAGCCACCUGCCUUUCGGUAAGAUAUGCGUUGUGACUUACUUGCAUGCCAUGCACGGAAUGCGCUAAACAUGUAUUCAUAUGGAACUACUUACAUGUAAACAUAUAUACAUAUGUAUGUACAUACGAGUACCUACAUCCACUUUUAUACUUGCGUGCAUAUUUUUUCCCAUAAGUAAACAGGGUUGGCGGUACUAUUUCACUUAUGCAUGUACCACAAACACUCAUUGAUCGUUUUAGCAAUCUUACACGCAGAAAUGGUGCGCCAUGGAGUAGCUGACUUGCUGUACGCGACCGUGUCGUGCCCAAAAUUGCGGUUAAUCGGGACCGUUGCCUCCAUCCCAGCUACAUAGUAUGUUUGUACAUACUCGUACACUGUGCACUCAAUCUACGUUCGAACCGUAACGCCGACUUUUCUUGACCGGCUGCAGACUGUCUGUGAAAAUCCGAUGGGAAACCUUUGUGGCACGUUGCACAAUUUUAUGCAGCAUAUUACAGUUGUCAUGCUACUUACCACAAAUUGUACGUUUAGCUCCGUGGUUGGUGAUCGCCGUUAUUGCUUUCAAAAAAUAAAAAUAAAUGCCUUAAAAGUUAAUUUAAA